UAAUAUUAUCAGAUGAAGAACUAAAUGAUCAGACAUGCUGUCUCAUCUGCUGCUUUUCUAAACUUGCUAAAAGUAACACAACUAUUUGAAAGCCACUAUUUGUGGAUUCUCUGAAAGUUUCCAUGGAGUGUGUGACAACUUAUGUUUUCAUUGAUCCUAUCGUCUAAUCUCACAGCUGAAACAAGCAUCCUUAAUAAUCUGUACAGAGGAAGCUUACCGAUGCUGUAGUAAAACAAAAGUUAUAAUUUAUUAUUAAUAAAACCUUGUUGCAGCACUAAAGCAGAAAAAUGAGAUUUUGCAGUAAAUAUGCUAAAUAUUUAUUGUUUGGGUGCGUACGUCAGAUCGGAGGGUUACAAUCCCAGCAAUGUGAUGGGAGAUCAACAUGCCUCUUGUCCUCCAGGACAGGAUGGGAGGAUUUUAAAAAUACCCCCUGGGCUCCUGGAACCCAGAUCAGCGUCGGACCCAGGUCAGAACCACCACCCUGAGUGACAGGCGUCCCUCCCUCUCUCUAUAGUGCUAGCUACGUUACGUGAACGAACAUUAACGAGUAUGAGAGCUGAAAAACACUUAUUAUAGUUUAUAUGUACUAAAUUAACUGACAAAUAAUAUUUGUAAUUGUCCAUCUGUACAAUAUUGUGAUGUUAGCACAUGGGUUAAAACUAGCUAGCUAGCAUGGUUCUGUCCCAGACACCUGCCUUACGCUCCACAGAACCUCGUGACACGACAGCUAAAUCUCUCUCCUUUGGCCACCGUUUCUGCUUCUGGUUUGUCUCUGCUCUCUGGGGCGUGCAGCGGGCUCAUAGCUGCAGGUCUGUGGUCCGUCAUUAGUAUAAACAUUUGUCAGAGCCGGCAUUGGAGUCCACAUUUCUCUCUGGAUCAAGCUAACAGAUCUUCUGCAUCACUCCCGCUUCAGCAGAAAAAUAAGUAUUUCUCACAAAAAUGACUCAUCCAAAAGCCUAAAUAAUUUAUGCGUAUGUGUACAUUUUUAUUUAGAAUGAGUUCCUAUUAGGUUUCUCUAAAUAUCGGUUCAAGGGAGGCUCUAGCCUGCUAUUUGCUCUUUAAAACAUUGUGGAGGGCGAUCGAAGCAGAGCCAGUGAGGGAGGGGAGUGAUGAUGUCAUCAGGAGGAGGAGGAAGAGGGGGAGGAUUACAGCAUCCUCCAUCAGACGGAGAGGAGAGAAGCAGAGGAGGGUGAAAAAUCAUUAGGUCAGAAUUAAAACAAAAGCGUAGUAGAAGACUGAUGGUGGUAGAGGACGGCCAGAGGGACAAGAGACACCCAGACCAGGACAGAGGGGGGAGAGAGAGAGCUCAGUCUUCUGGGCCUCAAAGUCUGAACAGAUCAGCUGGCUGAAUCAGAGGGUGGAGCCAUGAUGGGCAAAGACUACAUGCUGGCCAUCAUCAUCGUGAACUACGACGACAACAUCUGGACAGACCAGAACCUGCUCCUGGACCCAGAACUUCCAACUGGUUGGAGAACCAUCAAAGAUUCCACAGGAACAUACUACUGGCACGUUCCCACCGGCACCACCCAGUGGCAGCACCCCUGCCUUACUGGGACAUCAAAGCCUCACAAAACACAGCUGGAGGACUCAGAGGAUGAUAUUCCCACCACCAUAGAAACAGAGGGAGCAGCAGACAAGUCUUUGUGGCACGAGGACUUUCUGACCAACCGUGACCCCAACUCACAGGGUCGGGGCGGGGGGGCUGUUGCCUAUCUCCAGCGGUCAACAAGCAAUCAGUGCUUCUCCGUGCGCUCUCUCGGUUGGCUGCAGGUGGAGGAGGAGGACCUGUCGCCUGGUCGGAGCAGCCUUGCCGUCAGUAACGUCAUCCAGCAGCUGUCUCAUGGCAGCAGCUCUGAGCAGAGAGACGGGUCCGGCGCCUCGGGGGAGAAUCGGGAAAUGAUGCUGGUUCUAAGGAAAGAUACCUUGACUUUAAUGGACCCAUUAGACCACACCCUCCUCCACCGUCAACCAAUCAUCAACAUCCGUGUGUGGGGUGUGGGCUGCAACAACGGCAGGGACUUUGCCUUCGUGGCAGGCGAUAAGGACAGCUGUAUGCUAAAGUGUCAUGUGUUUCGCUGUGAUGCUCCGGCCAAGGCCAUCGCGUCGGCGCUGCACCAGAUGUGUUCAAAGCUGCUGUCUGAGAAAAGACUGAUGAGGCCGACUCGUUCCGUCACCAUGGAGAGUAUGUCGCCUGAAGACCUGCCCAGACAAGUGGAGUUUCUGGAAGCAGUGCAGCAACAGGCCAAGAAGUUUGAGGUCCAGUACAUCGGAAACCUGCCGGUGUCCAGAGCAAUGGGUAUGGAGGUGUUGAACCACGCCAUAGAAAGCAUCAUGAACUCUACAGACCAGGUCGACUGGGAGCCUGCGGUGAUCCAUGUCACCGACAACGUUCUGUCUUUAUUCUGGAAGGAGGAGGAUUGUGAAAAGCCCCUCUGGGAGUGUCCGGUACGAUUCCUCACCUUCCUGGGCGUUGGUCAUGACAGCCACACCUUUGCCAUAAUUGUUGACGGUGGUACGCAGCAGUUCGAGUGUCACGUGUUCUGGUGUGAACCUGAUGCAGGAAUCCUCUCCGAGGCUGUCCAGGCUGCGUGCAUGGUUCAGUAUCAGAAGUGUCUGGUGGCUCAGACUCCGCCUCCCAGAACCAAGUCCUGGCAUGUGACCCCAUCUAAGGUCAAGCGGGCCAACUCGAUGGACAGCGCUGCCUUUCCUCCUCUUUCAUCGCAUCAUCCUGGAACCAACUCUACUUUGACAGCAAAGAUGAAGAACAGCAGCAGCGGCGUGAGGAAGGGCAUGAUGGCGUUCUUUGAAACCUUUCGCAACAAACAGACCACCACGUCCUAGUGAUGGGGUGGGGACACCAAAGUAUAGUGUAUUUUUGUCUGAAUGACAUUAUCAAACCAGAGUGUGACUGGCUAGUGGCUCUGGUGAUGUCGGUCUCACCUGGUGAGAAAUCAGCAACAUGAAUGUUUGAAAGUGUCUGACCAAUCAAAGCGCUCAAUCACCAAACUUCCUCAGUUAUGACAGCCACAACAGACCACUCAGGACUUUAAAUAAACAGCAAUGGAGUAGAAAUGAACAAA